AUGACUCCUGGUUUUACUAUUGACUUACCAGACCAGGAUUUGGAUGAGGACGAUGAUGUUGACGGGGGCGGGGAUGAUGAGGGUCAGUAUGUGCCAUCUUUGAGAAAUGUUUCCACCGUGCACUCUCUUAAUGCAAAAAGUAAUGAAGGACUGAAGCUACUUGUAAAUGGAGGACCUCGUGCUCAGAAAAUGGUUGGGAUAUGGCUCUUUGGCUCUGCUGCUUGGGUGUUUAGUAUGGUCGUACUUGGAGGUGUUACACGACUAACAAGAUCUGGUCUUUCGAUGACUGAUUGGAAGUUCAGUGGUGGGCUCCCGCCUCUAUCUGAUGAGGAAUGGUUACAGGAAUUCGAGAAGUACAAGCUGUCCCCUGAAUAUAAGCGGGUUAAUCGAGGAAUGAGCAUUGAUGAUUUCAAAUUUAUAUACUGGAUGGAAUAUGCUCAUCGUAUGUGGGGAAGAGCUCUUGGUAUCAUGUUUGCUUUGCCAUUUUCAUAUUUUCUUCGAAAGGGAUAUAUUACCGUGCGACUUGGACUGAAACUCUCUACUCUUUUUGCCCUUGGUGCUGGGCAGGGUCUGAUUGGAUGGUGGAUGGUUAAAAGUGGUUUAGAGGAACCGCCAACUGAAUAUGCACAGCCUAGAGUAAGCCCGUAUCGGCUUGCAGCUCAUCUCACUUCGGCAUUUGUUAUAUACAGCGGCCUUCUUUGGACAGGUCUCUCGGUGGUAAUGCCCGAACCACCUGCAGAAUCAAUGUCCUGGGUUAAGGGGGCUGCAAAAGUAAAGAGACUUGCUCUUCCUGUCAGCUUACUCGUCGGCAUUACUGCUCUCUCAGGAGCAUUUGUUGCAGGAAAUGAUGCUGGACAUGCCUACAAUACUUUUCCGAAGAUGGGCGACACAUGGAUACCUGAGGAUGCUCUAGAAAUGAAGCCACUUAUUCGCAACUUCUUUGAGAAUACCUCGAUGGUACAGCUUGACCAUCGUAUCCUGGCAACAACCACUUUAGUUUCAAUCGCCUCGUUAUGGUGGUUAACGAGGAAGGUGGAUCUUCAUCCUGCAGUUCGAUAUUUGAUUGGAAGCACUGUUGGCAUGGCUGGUCUUCAGGUUACCUUGGGGAUAUCUACCCUUUUGUCAUACGUGCCAGUUUCCCUGGGCAGUGCUCAUCAAGCUGGGGCUUUGACACUAAUGUCACUGAUGAUCCUUCUCAUUCACACUCUGAGGAAGCCAUCGCCUUCUCUUCUUAAUUCUCUGCCAAAAGUUGCCAAGACAAUCUAG